AUGACCGGGAAUUUUAUACAAUUGAAUAUAGUUUAUAUUUACAUUUGGCUGCUUAUGGCUGCUGCUUGUGGUCUUUUCAUUAGUGAAGAAGCUUUAAAUAUCUGGGUUGGCAUAUCUAUAGGAAGGAUGCUAACUUUGGAUGGGUCAUGGAAGUCUCUUGCUGAGUCCUUUUCUAGGAAUGCUGGAUACAUAACAUUGACGAUUUUUUGGGUGUACUGGGGAGUGUGCAUUAGUGACUUGAUACCAUUUUAUUUUGGAAAGCUUUUCAAGCAGUCUGGGGCAUCUGAUGAUGUUUGUUCAAAGUUAGGGAUUGGAAAAGAGAAAGCUUUGAGCAUAACUCGUGUUGUUCAAAAAUAUGGCAAUCUCAUUGGUUUUGUUGAACGAUUUUCCCUUGGAGUAAGAAAUCCAACAGCAUUUUUGGCCGGGGCAUCGGUUAGUGUUCAAUGA